AAUUUCACGAGCAGUUUACUUUGAUCCUUCCUGAAGCGUUGAUCAGCUUUCAUGUCAUCUAGACUUCCCACUCCUUGCUGCUAAAGUCUAGAAGAAACGCGUACUUAUAUGUACUAUCUGUGGUAAAAAAAAAAUGUGUUUUUUUCGCAUGACUUUUGAGGUGCAAUUUCGACCACUCAUUUCUAUAAAAAUCAGCACGAACAACCGAGGACGAACUCGGGGGCGGGGGGUAAUAAUUCACCUUUUGCCGUCCCGCGAUUAACCACAAAUCAGUCUGCAUCCAUCCAUCGUUGCUUGUCGUCCAUCCAUCGUGUGGUGCCUCCAACGGAAUUAAGAGAUCAAAAAAUCAGCAGCCGAUUGAAUCGAUCGAUCGACGAAGAGAAUGGACGAGGUGGAGCAGCAGCUGUCCAAGCAGCAGAUCGAGGAGUUCCGGGAGGCCUUCAGCCUCUUCGACAAAGAUGGCGACGGGACGAUCACGAGCAAGGAGCUUGGCACGGUGAUGCGCUCGCUGGGGCAGAGCCCGUCCGAGGAGGAGCUGCAGGAGAUGGUGAAGGAGGUGGACGCCGACGGCAGCGGCGCCAUCGAUUUCCAGGAGUUCCUGACCCUCCUGGCGCGCCAGAUGCGGGAGGCCAACGGCGCCGACGAGGAGGAGCUUCGCGAGGCCUUCCGCGUCUUCGACCAGGACCAGAACGGCUUCAUCUCCCGCGACGAGCUCCGCCACGUCCUCCAGAACCUCGGCGAGCGCCUCUCCGACGACGAGCUCGCCGAGAUGCUCCGCGAGGCCGACGUCGACGGCGACGGCCAGAUCAACUACACCGAGUUCGCCAAGGUCAUGCUGGCCAAGCGAAGGAACCAGGAGUUGGAAGGCCAUGGGAGCGACUUAUCUCACUCCAAGAGUUUCUGUCCCUCAUGUACAAUCCUCUGAAACCCACUCUGCCACCUUCGUUUCUAGCUGACAGCUGAGAGAAAUGUAACAACAUUCACUGUGUAAAUGGGGGGAAAUUGAAACGGCAACCAAUAUGAGUUCUCAAUUAACUCGCCAGGUUUUCUCAAACGAUGAAAAACCUGCUUAAGCUCUUCUGUUCAGUACUAGAAAAUGGGGCAACAUAGCAAGAGCAAGAGUGCAAGACCAUACCUCAUUUCCAGAUUCUGCGCAUAGUGUUUCAACAUGAUACAUUGGCAUACAUGGAUUUACAAAGCUCACAUACUCACAAAAUCUACUGAAUGAGCUUCACUCCAGCUACAGCCUACAGCAAGCAGUGUGGCCUCUGAAAAUGCAGCAUUUUACAACAAUGGUAGAGGACUAGCACAAUUUGCCAGGCCCCCCACCGGUACUUAUAGAAUGAAGUGAACAGAUUUGCUGAUCCGGACUACUUAAAUGGAAUUUCUUGGAAGAAUGGGACUCAAAUAGUUUGCCACCCUUCCUCUCCUGAGGUUCCGCUAAGCAGAAGGUUGAAUUUGCAGAUCCUUGGAUUUCCAGACAACGUCCUUUAAGGUCUUGGAAAGGUUUUUGUAGAAUAGUAGCAAAUUGCAGUUUAUACAUAUAAGUAACUAUAUGUUGUUGAAGAACCAAAUAUAAAUUACGAAUCUCUGUAACUUAGCGCAUCCAAUUUAUUGGUGAUUGAAGAAUCCUAUGAAUAGAAAUCAGCUUCUGAAUCAUAGUUCAC